UCUGGAGGAAUGUUUACCGGACACCAAGAGAGCCCAGAGGGACAGCGCCCAGAGCUGGUAGAGAGACGCACAGCCUCCCAGUCUCGCUGGCCCAGCUGGCCCAGACUUAGGGGCGCAGCCACCAGGGCCCCUUCUCUUCCUCAGCCUCCCUUCAGGGCCCCUUUAAGACGGCUGGUCCUCUUCUCUCUAAGUUAACCCCUCAAAGUCCAGGUGUCCCCUGGGCUCCAGGCCUGGUGGGCGGAGGCAGGGGGAGCCAGGGGCGGGGGAGAAAAGGUUUGACGAGAUCUGGGAGGGAGAGAAGAGGCCGAGGAGCAGGAAGGCAGCCACCAAGAGGAGCCGGGAGGCGUCCCUGCCUUGCCAGUCGGACAGUGCCAAAGCCGGGGAGCGUGGAGCUGGGGGGAGGGCCGGGGACAGCCCGGCCCUGCCCCCUCCCCCACGGUGUGCCCAACAACUUCUGAGGAAAGUUUGGCAGAGAAGCCGCGAGCGCGGUGCCCGGAGGAUGGGCAGGGUCCCGCUGGCCCUGUGGUUGGCGCUGUGCUGCUGGGGGUGCGUGGUCCCCAAGGGCUCACAGGCGGAGGUGGACCCCUUUGUAGGGAGCCCGGGGAACAUCACUGGUGCCCGGGGACUCACAGGGGCCCUUCAGUGUGAGCUCCUGGUUCGUGAGGAUCCCCCUGAGGUGACCUGGCUUCGGGAUGGACAGGUCCUAGACCUGGUGGACAGCACCCAGAUCCAAGUGCCCCUGGACGAAGACGGAGAGGAUGACUGGAAAGUGAUCAGCCAACUCAGAAUCUCGUCCCUGCAGCUCUCGGACACGGGAUGGUACCAGUGUGCGGUGGUCCUGGGAGGAAGGACCUUCGUGUCCCAGCCUGGCUUUGUCGGGCUGGAGGGCUUGCCCUACUUCCUGGAGGAGCCUGAGGACAGGACUGUGGCCGCCAACACCCCCUUUAACCUGAGCUGCCGGGCCCAGGGACCUCCAGAGCCUGUGGACCUACUCUGGCUCCAGGAUGCUGUCCCCCUGGCUCCGGCCACGGGCCACGGCCCCCACCACAUACUGCAUGUUCCAGGCCUGAACAAGACGUCUUCUUUCUCUUGUGAAGCCCAUAAUGCCAAGGGAAUCACCACAUCCCGCACAGCCACCAUCACAGUGCUCCCCCAGCGGCCCCGCGACCUCCACUUGGUUUCCAGCCGGCCCACGGAGCUGGAGGUGGCUUGGACCCCAGGUCUGAGUGGCGUCUACCCCCUCACCCACUGCACCCUGCAGGCUGUACUGUCAGAUGAUGGGGUGGGCAUCAGGCUGGGAGAGCCAGACCCCCCAGAGGAGCCUCUCACCUUGAAAGCGUCUGUUCCCCCUCACCAACUUCGGCUGGGCAGCCUCCGUCCUCACACCCCUUACCACAUCCGGGUGGAAUGUGCCAGCAGCCAGGGCCCCUCAUCGUGGACCCACUGGCUUCCCGUGGAGACGCCGGAGGGAGUGCCCUUAGGUCCCCCUGCGAACGUUAGCGCUGUGCGGAAUGGGAGCCAAGCUCUUGUGCGUUGGCAGGAGCCCAUGGCACCCCUGCAGGGCACCUUGUUAGGGUACCGGCUGGCCUAUCGAGGCCAGGACACCCCCGAGGUACUAAUGGAUGUGGGGUUAAAGCAAGAGGUGACCCUGGAGCUGCGGGAGGACAGGACUGUGCCCAACCUGACGGUGUGCGUGGCAGCCUACACUGCCUCUGGGGAUGGACCCUGGAGCCUCCCUGUGCCCCUGGAGCCCUGGCGCCCAGGGCAAAGACAGCCAGUGCACCAGCUGGUGAGUGAACCCCCAGCCCCUGCCUUCUCAUGGCCCUGGUGGUAUGUACUGCUGGGAGCCGUUGUGGCUGCUGCCUGUGUCUUCAUCUUGACCCUGUUCCUCGUCCACCGGCGGAAGAAGGAGACUCGCUAUGGAGAAGUGUUUGAACCCACAGUGGAGAGGGGCGAGCUGGUGGUCAGGUACCGUGUUCGCAAGUCCUACAGUCGCCGGACCACUGAAGCCACCUUAAACAGCUUGGGCAUCAGCGAAGAGCUGAAGGAGAAGCUACGGGAUGUGAUGGUAGACCGGCAUAAGGUGGCCCUGGGGAAGACCCUGGGAGAAGGAGAGUUUGGAGCUGUGGUGGAGGGCCAGCUCAACCAGGAUGACUCCAUCCUCAAAGUGGCUGUGAAAACAAUGAAGAUUGCUAUCUGCACCAGGUCUGAGCUGGAGGAUUUCCUGAGUGAAGCUGUCUGUAUGAAGGAAUUCGACCACCCCAACGUUAUGAGGCUCAUCGGUGUCUGUUUCCAGGGUUCCGAACGUGAGGGCUUCCCAGCACCUGUGGUCAUCUUACCUUUCAUGAAACAUGGAGACCUACACAGCUUUCUUCUCUAUUCCCGGCUCGGGGACCAGCCAGUGUUCCUGCCCACUCAGAUGCUGGUGAAGUUCAUGGCAGACAUUGCCAGUGGCAUGGAGUAUCUGAGUACCAAGAGAUUCAUACACCGGGACCUGGCUGCCAGGAACUGCAUGCUGAACGAGAACAUGUCUGUAUGUGUGGCGGACUUUGGGCUCUCCAAGAAGAUCUACAAUGGGGACUACUACCGCCAGGGACGCAUCGCCAAGAUGCCAGUCAAGUGGAUCGCCAUCGAGAGCCUGGCUGACCGCGUCUACACCAGUAAAAGUGAUGUGUGGUCCUUCGGAGUGACAAUGUGGGAGAUUGCCACACGGGGCCAAACCCCAUAUCCGGGAGUGGAGAACAGCGAGAUUUACGACUACUUGCGCCAGGGGAACCGCCUGAAGCAGCCUGUGGACUGCCUGGAUGGACUGUAUGCCCUGAUGUCCCGGUGCUGGGAGCUAAACCCCCAGGACCGGCCAAGUUUUGCAGAGCUGCGGGAAGAUCUGGAGAACACGCUGAAGGCCCUGCCCCCUGCCCAGGAACCUGACGAAAUCCUCUAUGUCAACAUGGAUGAGGGUGGGAGCCAGGCUGAACCACUUGGAGCUGCUGGAGGAGCUGACCCCCCAACUCAGCCUGACCCUAAGGAUUCCUGCAGCUGCCUCACCGCGGCUGAGGUCCAUCCUGCUGGACGCUAUGUCCUCUGCCCAUCUACAGCCCCCGGCCCCACCCUGCCCGCUGACAGGGGCUCCCCAGCACCCCCAGGGCAGGAGGAUGGAGCCUAAGACAACCCUCCCCAUGGGACUCCCUCUCAGGACACAAGCUAGGCACUGCCACUGGGGGACUCCUCCUACUUUCCCAUUCCAGGCCUUACCCCCAACUGCAGCCCUCUCUUCCAACCUAUUUCACUUCCAUCCCACACAGAUCCUCUCCCUUUGCUACACCUUAGUGUCCCCAUGUGUAAAAGGAAGGGGUUGGACUGCAAUCCCUAAGGGUCUUCCUAGGUCCAAUAUUCCAAGAUUCUGGAUUCUAAGGUUCAAAGAGUCUAGAUUAAAAGGUUCUAGGUUUUAAAGAUGGCUAUGAGUCUUUGGUUCUAAGGACCUGAAAUCCCAAAGUCUCUAAUUCGAAAGUGCUGAGGUUCUAGACAUGGUAGUUCUAAAGCCUAUAUUCUAAAGCUCUGAGAUUCAAUGGCUCUAGAUUUUUCUGGUUUUAAGAUUCUUGAUAAAGCCCUCAAGUUUUUAGGUUCCAAAGUUCUAAGAUUCUAGGUCUAGGAUCUAAGACUCUAUGAUUCUAGAUUUUCUUUUCCUUAGGGUGUAAGAUUCUAGAUUCUAAAAUCCUACACUUCUAAACAUGGAGGUUUUAAGGCCUAAUAUUCUAAAAUUCGAUAUUCUAAGCCUCUUAGAGUAUAAAUGCUCUGGCUGUAAGACUCUAGAUCACAAAGCUUCAAGAUUUUAUCUUCUCAAGUUCUAAAAUUCCAGUAAUAGUCAAUUAUAGACUCUAAGGCUUUUGAUCCUCAAAGCUCUUGUUAAGAGAUUCUGGAUCCUAAAUGUCUAAGAUUCUAGAAUUCAAAAGUUCUAAGAAUUUACAAGUGGAGGUUCUAAGGUCUAAUGUUCUAAGAUGUGACUAAGACUUCGUCUAAGAACCUAAGUUCUCUGUGUCUGUGCUUCAAGAUUCUAGAUUAUUAAAGUGUAAGAUUCCAAUGUUGUUCUGUUCCAUGUUCCAAAGCACUCUAGAUUCUAUUGGUCCAAGAUUCUGGAUCCUCAGCAUCUAAGGAGUAAGACUCUACAGCUGGGUGUGACUAACUAUAUACCAAAGUUCUAAUCAUUUCUAAUGUUGUACACCUUUAGGUUCUAUGCUGUAUUCUGACUUUCUAGGAUUUUGGUUAAGGGUCCAAAAAUCCACAGUUCUAAAUCUUAAGAUUCUAGGCACUGUAGUUUCAAGAUUCAAAUGUUAAAAUUCUAAAGGUCUACAGGUCUAGGAUUCUAAGGUACAAUUCCAAGGUUCUAACCUUAUAGUAGUCUUCUGUGUGACCCUCUCCUUCUUAGCCACCUCUGCUUCCUCCUCCCCUCAUGUGGGGGUGUGCCUCCUCAAACCUGUGCAAUGCAUUAGGGAUGCCUCCUUUCUGCAGGGGACAAUCUUCCUCCUUUUGGGCCAUGCUGCCCCCCUGAGCCAGUCCCUCGUGCCCCCUGUACAGAGUGUAGACUCGGGUGCCUCCAGAGGGGCUCAGAUCACAUUAAACUUUGUAACC